AUGGAUAAUCUAAAUACAGCCCAGACUGCCAGUUCAAGUGGAGGCACAGGAGGAGUUGGUAAAGUGGUCACAAAAUCAGUAACUACUACAAGGCUGACAUCGCAAAGGGAUCUCUCCCUGAGUUCAGGAGGGUCAGGUGGAAGAGCUGCGUCAGGAGGCUCAGGAGGCACGAGCAGCUCAGUUCUGAUCACAUCCAGCAGCUCCAGCACUACCACCUCCGGGGAAUCUGGAGGCAUCAGCAUCACCACUCUAGGAGCUUCUUCUUCUGCUGUAUCUUCAGCUAGAGGAAGCUCUGCAGGGGGAGGGACUUCAGUGAGCGGAGGGAGUUUGGCCUCAGCAGCUGAAUUUAAGGCUGCUGGAAGAGGUUCUUCUAGCAUGUCCUCUGGUUUUGUGAGUGGCCGAGAGGGGAAAAGGGAAGGGGGCCUUGGUGCUGUAACAGUUUCAACAGUGACGAAGAGCAGCUACAGUACUGCUGGAUCUGGGGAAGCCAAGAGAGGAUCGUCCUCAGCAAUCACAUAUUCACCCGUCCAAAAAGAGAGGAAGACCAUAACUACCAUGGCAGCAGCCCUGUCAGAGGUGUUCGACGAGAGUUCAAGCACAAAUUCCUCUCCAGAGUAUAACAGAAAGGAGUAUGUCACAUCAAGUGCAAUUUCAACAUCUGCCACCAGAGGGAGAACUCAGAGCAGAGAGAGUGAGAUCAGAGCCCGGCUUCAGAGUGCUUCGCCUCCAGCAAGCUGGACUGAGCUGGAUGAUGUGAAGCGUCUUUUGAGAGGAACCAGCCCAAGCCCCCCCCGGUCCCGCAACAACACCCUACCCAUCCCCAAGAAAGCCAGUGUGGAGACCAGGACCAUGUCCGAGAGCUCCAGCGCAGACCACUACGGCAGCGUUUGGUCUGGAGGUGUGAGCAGCGACAGCUACAGUUACAGCACAAACCAUAACAACCUGUCCACAACCUCCACCCUUUACCAGUCAGGAGGAGUUCAGAACAACCUGACACUCAGCUCUCACUCUAUGAACGGUGGCCUGUCUGCUGGCAGCACUGUUCCUUUCUACGGAGUUCAGAAUAACCUGGCCGGUACCAGCCCUACUCUCCUCUCUCCCUCUGGAAGCAGCACACAGAUAGUCUAUGGUGUGCAGAAAAAUGCAUCUGGCCCUGGAAUGAGCCCAACCACUGUGAGACCCAGCAGUCCCGUUCAUGUAGAGGUCCCGGGCAAAGACUAUAAGUUUGUGCUGCUAGAGAAGGAGAACGCUCCUGUGAAGAAGGAGACGGAGCGUCUGAUCAUGACCAAAGACACGGUGAAGCAGUUCAUGUCUGCUGCACCUGCUAGUGCUUCUGGUACCUAUUCAGAAGACUCACUGAAGCGAGAGAAACAAAAACUAUCAUCCAGCACAAUGGAGGAGGGAACAGACGCUAAAUCUGCGUCAUUAAAAGUAUCCACAAAAGACAAAGCCACCUAUGCAGAGAUCCGAGAAGAUAAGUCGGGCCUCGGCUUCUUAUCCUGCUGCAGCUGGUGGAAGUGGCUGCUCGGCCUCCUGCUCAGCCUGCUCCUCCUCCUCGGACUCCUCUUUGGACUCAUCACUUUGGGCGAGAAAGUCAAACGCCUCAAGAACCGUGUUGAUGCUCUUGAAGCCAUCACUGGCACCGCAUCGGCCAGAUCCAGCCGCCUGUCAACCUCCUCUGGUGUCAACAUCAUCGACCCGCUGGACUCGUCGUACAUUGAGAGAAGUCCUGCUGGGUCCACACUGACUCGCACCGACAACAGCAUCAACCUGGAAGCUGCUGGGCAAGGAGGAGGCGCGGGAAGCGGACCAGGACUGGACAGUGCUGCCCUGCAUAGACUCGUCCAGCAGCUGGUCAUGGCUGAACUCCGCUCGGAUGUUGUAAGAGACACACUGGCAUACUCACUAAAAGGGGAGAGAGGAGAUCCAGGACCUAAAGGUGAUCCAGGGCAGCCUGGACAGAAAGGUGAUAGCGGAUUCCCUGGCCUGACAGGUCAUCCGGGCCAGAUGGGUCACCCAGGACUUGAUGGCCCACGAGGACCAAAGGGAAGUGCAGGUGAAUCAGGUGCUGAAGGACAACCGGGUCAGAAGGGCCGGGAUGGACAGAUGGGCCCCCGUGGCGAGACUGGACCCCCAGGCUUUGGAGAGAAAGGAGACAAAGGAACUCAAGGUGAGCAGGGACGCCCUGGUCUCGCUGGACCUGUGGGACCUAUGGGGCCAAAAGGUGCCAUGGGAGAGCAGGGGGCCUCAGGAAGCCCUGGUGCUCCUGGUAUAAAGGGUUUCCACGGAGAACCAGGACCUCCUGGAGCAAAAGGUGAUCGAGGAACAGCAGGGCUUCCAGGAGCCAAAGGAGACCUGGGAGAGAGGGGGCAACGUGGAUCUGCAGGUGAACCAGGACAAUCUGGGCCACAAGGACCUGCUGGACCAAAGGGACCUCAAGGAGUUGGUGGUGAAGCAGGUUCGAUGGGACCCCCUGGUGUGAGAGGACCACCAGGAACUCCUGGAGAUGCUGGGCCCCAAGGAACUCCCGGACUCCAAGGACCCCCAGGUAUUGCUGGAAAUCCAGGACAGCCUGGUGCUCAAGGUGAACCAGGAUUACCUGGUAAAAUCAUAUCUCCAAUUGGCUCUGAUGCUGUGGUUAUCCCUGGACUCCCUGGGCCUGCUGGGUCUCCAGGUCCUUCUGGAAGCCCUGGUCUCUCUGGUCCCAUUGGCCCUGCUGGUGUUCCUGGACAACCUGGUCCUAAGGGAGAACAAGGCGAAAAAGGUGACAAAGGAGACCAAGGGGAGAAGGGGGGUCAAGGAAAACCUGGUGAACCUGUUUUCAGUGAGAAACUGACAGAAACCCAAACAGACAGACUUUCCUCAGGGGCUGGACAGCCCGGCCCACCAGGACCUCCGGGACCUCCUGGAGAACCUGGUCCACAAGGUCCUGCUGGUGUGUCUAAACAAGGUCCUCCAGGGCGGAGAGGUCCUCAAGGGGAACCAGGUGUUGGUGUACCUGGACCUACAGGUGUGAAAGGAGAACCUGGCAGCUUCAUUCCUACCUCAGAUACCUUCUUUGCUGGACCACCAGGACCUCCAGGACCCCAAGGCCCACAGGGUUCACCUGGUGUAAGAGGAUCACAAGGAUACCAAGGUGAACCAGGUCAACCGGGUCUUCCAGGCAGUCCAAGUGAAGGAAGUGUUGGUUUCCCGGGUCAGCCUGGACCUAUUGGCCCUCAAGGUCCACCAGGCCCAUGGGGUCCAGCGGGGCCUCAGGGACCUAAAGGUGAUGUAGGAGCCCCAGGAGUCCCUGGAGUAUCAACUGGUGGCUCAUACAGUCCUGGCCCCCCAGGCCUACCUGGACCACCUGGUGCACCUGGAAGGGAUGGAAGUGGGUCUGGAUCUACUGAUGUGGGACAAUAUAUUUCAGAAUACUUACAGAGUGGUAACAUCAGGGAAUACCUGGCUGGACCCCCUGGGCCCCCAGGUCCUCCAGGGCCCCCAGGGGACGGGUCGAUUGAUGAUAUGGCCAACCGAGUUAUUUCCUACAUCCAGGGUCGAGGAUAUGAUGGGACUCCUGGCCCUCCUGGUCCUCCCGGUCCACCUGGAUCUGUCUCUAUUAAUGACAUCAUCAACCUAUUACAACGAGAGGACGUGAGGAGAUAUGUAGCAGGCACUCCCGGUCCACCAGGACCACCAGGAGCACCAGGAGCACCAGGCUCAGGCCAUGGCGGCUACAUUAUCAACACCCAGGAGGUGGCUGAACGUGUUCUCAGUCUGAUGAAUGAGAGGGGGCAUGUAGGUGCCCCUGGACCCCCAGGACCUCCUGGAUCACCAGGUAUUCCUGGAAACUUGAUAGGGGUUAAAAUAAAUCAUUUAAAAAAACAUAGUGGUUAUCAAGGGCCUCCUGGUGCCCCAGGUAUCCCUGGUCCACAUGGUCCACCUGGACCAGCAGGACCACCUGGCCCACCAGGAUAUGGGAAUUAUGUCAGUGCAGAUAUUCGAGACUACUUACAAAGAGUUUCCUACAGAGGCCAACCUGGAUUUCCAGGUCCCCAAGGACCAGAGGGUCGCCCUUAUCCAAUCCAUGGAGUGGUUUCCUAUGCUGAGCAUGCUGGCAGAGAGAUGCUUAAAGGAGAACGACAGGAAUACAUGAAGAGUGAUGGCUUGGCAGGAGCUAUGUUUGGACUUCCUGGUCCGCCAGGCCCUCCUGGACCCCCAGGACACAAGGGUGACCCUGGUGUGCCUGGGAGCAGACUCUUGAACCUGGACUCUGGAGACUACUCCAAUAUGGCUGCCAAAGUUACUGAUUACAUCAAAUCUCACGGUCUGCUCAGGGAUGUUCUGAGAGACUCUGAACAUGUUAUUCAAGGACCUCCAGGACCUCCUGGACAUCCAGGAGUGCCUGGACACAGUCAAUUGGUCAGCUGCAGAGAAAACGUUGUAGAUGUGGUGGAAUAUAUCAAAUCCCAUGGUCUCCUGCCCGAGCACAAUGGUCGUGACUUUCAAGGGGUGCCAGGUCCACCCGGCCCUCCUGGUCCCCCUGGAUACAGUCGGUUGUUUGGUUGCCACACAAACGUCACAGAUGUAGUUGAAUACAUCAGAGCACAUGGAGCCAUUGUAGGACCGCCUGGGAGACCAGGACAGAAAGGGGACAUAGGAUUCCCGGGGCCAAAAGGAGAGAGAGGUGAGCCAUGCCUUCCUGGGCCUGAAGGAUGCAGAGGACAAGGGGACAGAGACGAAUUCGCGCUGAGGACAAAAAGAAGGAGAAGGAACAUUGGUGUUUAAAAUUAUAUCAACUAUAAGAACCUUUUUUAUACAUCUCAUAUUGUGUAAUACAGUAUAUGGACCAUUUUUGGUGUAAGGCAGUAACUGAACUAUAAAAAUACAACAAAUUUCCCUCAGUUUUAUUUUUUUUUGUGAUUUUUCUUUUAUUUGGGCAAACUGUCUUUUUGAAUAGAGGGAUUAUGUAUAGUUAUUGUUUAAUUUGUUUACAUUGUUUAAAAUGGUGUCAUUUAGAGAGGUGAUAUCUUUUAUUGUAUGGAUUAAAUGAAUGUAUUUCUCCUUUUAGUAGGUUAUUUGUUAACAUUUUGUUUAUGUUGCUAGUAUUAAGCUUUAAUAGCUUUUCAUUAGUGUGUCACCAGGUGUAACAACAACAAAGAAAAAAACUGUACAGAAGACUUUUUUUUAUUUACAACAAAAUGGAAAUCUACACGACACAGGCUUUCUAAAACUACACAUUUAAAAAAAUGCAAAAUUA